UGGUUUUUUCCAACAAUGGAGGCGGUGUGUUGAGGCACAGAUCGUCGAUCAGCAACAUCCACGUUUAUUUCUGUCAACAACUUUGAGAUUUGAUUAAACUGUUGAAGAGCGUCGCCACUGAUAUUUAAAAAAAAUGCCUCAUCGAAAGAAGAAGUCGUUCAUCGAGAAGAAAAAUGCUGUGACCUUUCACCUGGUCCACCGCAGUCAGAAGGACCCCCUGGCUGCAGAUGACAAAGCGCCACAGCACGUUCUUCUGCCAGCCAACAAGGCGAAGGUCGAGAAGAGACGUGAGGAGCAACGAAGGUUUGGUGUUUUCUUCGACGAUGAUUAUGACUACCUGCAGCACCUGAAGGAAGCGUCCGGCCCGUCUGAGCUGGUGGCGGCUGCCCCCGUAUAUGGGGAUCAAGCACCCUUUCACGCUGGAGAAGACGAGGGCGAUGAAGAUAAAAUCGCUCCAGUGCAUACCGCAGCGUCCAUCAACCUGCCGUCUUCCGUGUUUGCGUCAGAGUUUGAGGAGGAGGUGGGACUCCUGAGCAAAGCUGCUCCUGUAUUAGGUCCCAGGCUGGACAUGGAUCCCGACAUCGUUGCGGCUCUGGAUGAGGACUUUGACUACGACGACCCCGAUAACAUCCUGGAAGAUGACUUCAUCCUCAAAGCCAACAGCGCGACUGCACGAGCUGAACCAAAACAUGAUGAAGAUGAUUAUGAUGAUGAUGAUGAGUGGGAGGACAUGGACGAUGAGGAUGAAUUUGGUUCUGAUGGCGGUUUAUCGGAGGAGGACGUCCGAGAGUUUCUGUUCAUGGAUGAGGAGACGAAGAGUCGCUUCACCGAGUAUUCGCUGACGUCGUCUGUGAUGAGGAGGAACGAACAGCUCACCCUGCUGGAUGACCGCUUUGAAAAGUUUUAUGAACAGUUUGACGAUGAUGAGAUCGGCGCUCUGGACAAUGCUGAGCUGGAAGGAUUCAUCGCGCCGGACAGCGCUCGCCUGGAGGAGGUCAUCAAAGACUACUUCAAACAGAAAGAGAGCGAGUCCCUGAGACCUGAUGACCUCAGUCCUAAAGAACUCAGCGUCCUGCAGGAGGACAAUGAGGAGGAGGACAAGGAGGAGAUGGAGACUCUGGUUGUGGAGGCUCCAGAGGAGAAGUGGGACUGUGAAACCAUCAUCAGCACGUAUUCAAACAUUUACAACAGACCGAAAGUCAUUGAGGAACUGCCAAAGCCAACACUGAUCCGUGUGUCCAAGAAGACGGGAAUCCCUCUGGAUGCGCUUCCUGCCAGAGGACUGACCGCCAGGCAGGCCGAGCGAAUGACGAGGAUCAACGACUCGGACCUUCCGCGUGCCUGCACCCAACCGCGCAGCAAGGAGGAGAGCAAGGACGAGAGGAAGGCAAGGAAGCAGGCAGUAAGGGAAGAACGCAAGGAGAGGAGGGCGGAGAAGAAAGCCAACAAGACGGCCUUCAAGCUGGAGAAAGUCCGACAGGAGAAACAAAUCCUCAACCUGAGGACCAACGUUCAGGGUUUGAAGCUCGCGUAGCCGCAGACGUCGUCCGGAGCCUCUGCAGACCUUCAGGCUGUGGAUGAACGACCGAGACAUGAACCCCGAUCGAGGACGAAUGCAGUCGGAGAGGUUUUGAGCAGAUUCUGUAAAAUGAUUAAAGUGACGAGACUUUUGUAAAGAGCAUUAAAUUGUUCUUUUCUGUCACAAGAACUUUCAGGAACCUUAUGAGGAACUGGAACAAUUGUUAUUUUAUUAAAUGUCCAUGCAUCACUGAAAGAGUUCCAGAUGAGCAGGAGGAAUUUUCUCGGUCCUCUUUACCAAAAUAAUUUUUUUGUUGUUGUUGUUUUUUUGGAAAUUAUACACCUCUAGUAAUUUUUGCUAAAUAUCAACUCUUGGACUAUUCGUCUGGUUUCCAGGUUGAGCAGUGAGUUCAGUCCAAAUGACUCGGCUGUUUUAGCUAGCUAGCAUACCGCUGCUAAAAUUGAUUCUGGUAUCAACUAAGCUACUAGGCUUGACAACGAGCUCGUUUGGGAGUGACGGUAUUGAUGUGUUUCAGUAACCUUCUUUUGGUUAACAUUUAUAUGGAAACUGACAAUCAGAAGCGGUGGUGAUGGAGGUGCCAACAUGGCCGCAGGUUUUCAGUACAACAAGGUGUCAAGACGAGACUUGCGGUCCAGCCUCGCUGUACCAUAGCCAACACAGAACGUGUGGUGGCCAUCCAGGGUGUUAACUGUAAUCAGGUAGAGGUCAAUGAAGAAUUACACAGAGGUCAAACUUUUAAAAUGCUCCAAUCAUAUUGAGAAGUAUUCCACAUUAUUCAUCUGAUCACAGAGAUUUCUAAAAGGUAUAGUUUGGACUCACUUUGACUGAACACUUUGGAAUUAUGGGCUUAAAACUGCAACAAUGGUGACAAAACAGUGAAGCAACUUGUAUUGUGGUUUGGUACUACAUCAAUAAGCUUAAUUAAAUAAGAGGUCUGUUUCAGUUUGUACAGAGAUCAAACAUUGUUCCAGUUUUCUUAAAAGAUGUACAUUUUUGGUUGGAAUAAGAUUAAUAAACGGGACAGUUUGUCAGCAGUCAUUGGAUGGUCCAACCAGAAAAUUCAUUCAUAAAUAAAAAAAUAAUCCUGUGUUUCUGAUGUUGUUACUGAAGACAUAAAAACAUACUUCUCAGUCUUUCUUUUAGAAACAUGAAGGGCAGAGUUGAGUUUGUGUGCAAGAGCCGUUUUUCCAUCACGCCCCUUCAUGGGCUGAAAUUCCAGUUUGGGCUCACGGGACGUGGAGCAGUUCUACAGACAACACAAGUAU